GAGGAGGGAGGGAGGGAGAUAAGAGCAAUAAAAGUGCUCAUGUGACUGCAGCAGCUUUUAACGUGCGGCUGAUGGAGAAGCCACACACUCACACAGAGGACAGGUGGAGGUGUGGACAGGUAGGCCAGACAGACACGCGCUGAAGCUCACUUUACCUGUAGGUCAGGUGAGAGCAGGUGAGAGGGGGGAGAGAGAGGCAGGCUGGAUCCGCACUAUGCUGAGGGAGUCCCCUCGCCUGGAAAGAUGUACGUGAGCUACCUGCAGCUGGAUAAGGACCCCGCCAUGUACCCGCACCAGAACCCGGUCACCCGCCACCCGGGCCUCAGCCUCAGCCCGCAGAACUUCGCGGUCCCCGCCCCGCCGCAGUACUCAGACUUCGCCGGCUACCACCACCACCACCACGGCAUCAACAACGACCUGCACGCGGCUCAGCAGGCCGGGCCGGGUGCGGGCGGGUGGAGCCCGGCCUACCCGCCUCCCCCACCGCCCACACGGGACGACUGGUCGUCCCAUCACUACGUCGCUGCGGCCGCGGCAGCCGCAGCCGGCGGUGGCCCCGCGGCGUCCACCGUGCCGGGCCCCACGCUGGGAUUCAGCCCGCCCGAGUUCCCCGGGCAGCCACCCGCGCUGCUGCCCGCGUCUCUGAACGCGUCUGCGGGACAGCUGUCCCCCGGGUCCCCGCAGAGGAGGAACCCUUAUGAGUGGAUACGACGCAGCUCCGCACCGCCAAGCAACCCCAAUGGAAAGACGCGGACUAAAGACAAGUACCGGGUGGUUUACACCGACCACCAGCGGCUGGAGCUGGAGAAGGAGUUUCACUACAGCAAAUACAUCACCAUCAGGAGGAAGGCGGAGCUCGCCACGGCGCUCAGCCUGUCAGAGAGACAGGUGAAGAUCUGGUUCCAGAACCGCCGGGCCAAGGAGCGCAAAAUCAACAAGAAGAAGCUCCAGCAGCCGGCCUCCUCCACGACCACACCCACCCCUCCCACCGGCACCAACGGCAGCGGAGGAGGAGGAGGAGGGGUCGGAGGCCUCCAUGGAAAUGGCGGGAGCAGCGUCGCCAUGGUGACCAGCAGUAGCGGCAGUAACGGCCUGGUGUCUCCCUCCUCGUUGUCUCUGAACAUCAAAGAGGAGUACUGAAGAGGUCAUUUAAUUGGACGCUGAUGUCGGAGAGGUGGACUGAAAAUUCUCCCUGACAAACCAAGAAACUUUUUGCCUCACAUCCCUGACUCUUUCUGUCCGCCCUCUUGAAGCUAACGCUUGUUAAAAUAUUGAGAAAUAUAUCGAUGUGGCCAGCAGCGUCUGCUCCCGCCAGACUGUUUGCCGCUUGCUGGGAUGUCGUCAGCCUGCGACAGGAAGUUCAGCCUGUUUGGUCGCUUGUAUCGCAUCUCGAGCUCUCAGGUGAAAAUGUGCGUCCUACACGCACUGCUGACUCCAUCGCUGCAAACUCGUGUCGUUUGUCCACAGUGUCUUCACACUCACAGACCUUUAAAUCCCAGUGGAGAUCAGAAAGACGGCCACAUGAAGAGCAUGUUGAAUAUCUCCGCUUGAUGGCAGGCUGCAGCCAUCAAAGCAGGCCUUGGGUUUGAACUUUUCCCUCAGUGUCUCAUUUAGCCUCGCUGAAGAGCUUUAUGUAUACGUAAUACUACACAAUACUGUCAGACUGUGGAAAAUGUUUGAUUUUAACUCUAAAGCUACUUAAAGGAAGGACUUUGAAAAUAAAUCCAGUUUCCAGAUGUUUGGUUUUAGCUUGAUGAUAAUGCAUUUAGAGAAACAAAAUAUCCUGCUUCAUUAUGUUUUCUCUGCCUGUAAGGAGAAUAAAAUCCGGCGACAGAGUAGAAUCGCUGCACGCUCAUCUGUGUGAUCUGUGACUGAAGAACAUGGGAUCAAAUCCUGAGGACAAACCUGCAGCACUGAGGACCUGCUGCUUCUGCUUCCCAUC